AUGUACCGAGAUUCAUACCAGGGUGGGCUGCUAUCCAUAUUUUACAGCCUUGGAAGCAAUCCCCUAAAGGACUGGAGCCAAAAGGUCAGCAAUGGGCAUAUAAAACGAGUAACUGAUGAAGAUAUACAGUCUUUCGUCUACGAAAUUGUGGGCACAAACGUCAGCACUGCCUUCCUAAAAUGUCCUGCAAAUUCCGCACAGACUUUGUCCAUACGACUGCCAAUUUUGGUGAUUGUGCUGAAGAACUUGAAAAAGUAUUUUACAUUUGAAGUACAGAUUUUGGAUGAUCAAAAUGUACGACGGAGGUUCAGGGCAAGUACAUUCCAGACUAUGACACUCGUGAAACCAUUCGCAUGUACAAUGCCGAUGAAUCUUGACGAAGGCUGGAAUCAAGUGCAGUUUGAUUUGUGCGAAUUCACCCGACGUGCCUACGGAACGGGAUUCGUCGAGGUUCUACAAGUUGAAAUUCACGCAAAUUGUCGAUUGAGACGCGUCUACUUCUGCGAUCGAAUGUACAGCGAAGAGGAGUUACCAAGAGAAUAUAAGCUAUACUUGCCUAUUCGUGCUUCAUCCACACCAAGAAUCUAGUUCUCGUUAGGUUCACUCACAAGCAUUUCACAUAUUCAUCUACGGUAUCCCACGUGCCUAUUUUUCACUGUUGGAUAAUUUGUAUAAGAUUGUCUUAUUCAAAUACACACCUGUUUUUUGUUUUCGAGUUCACCUCAAAUUGCGCAUUGAGACUGACCGGAUGAUUUUCAUGCGCUCCCCUAUUUUCAGGUGUUUUUUCCUACUUUGACCACGACAUGACAAUUUUGCUUUAUGACCUUCAUGUCUCACUUCCUAAACCCAUCGUUUGUACGCCGCCAUUUUGAAAACAUUGAAUAGCUUCAUCACCAUCUUUGUUGACG